CGAAAUCGUAACGUGAGCUGUCUUGUCUUGUGAUCGGUAUUUACUAUUUUGAAUCAAUCAAACCUAAUUAAUAAGGGAAAAAGUGUGAAAACCUUAGAAUUAGAACUUUAUAUAACUAAACAAAUACUGAUGUAGUUGUAUUUACAGUUAAAUAGUAAGAUUAAAGAUUGUUUGCCAGUACAAAAAAACCUCAUCAUGUCGCACAGCCAAAGUCGUUAGAUAAAAUCUGAUCAUGGAAGGAAAGUUAUACCAAAGAAGGCCAUCAAAUUGCGCCAAAGCAACAUCGUUUACUCUAGCAAUCGCCUACAAGUCGUCUUCCUCCAAAAAAGCAUAGUGAUCAUCGGUUAUGUAGUAUCGAUAGCUAUAAAUGCCGUUUAAUAUAGCAUAUGAUUGCCCAGUACUGGUGUCAAACCGUACAAACAAGAAGUGUGCGAAAAACGAUUCAGAGCUGAAAAGGAUAUAACGAACGGGAUCGACUGCACUCACAAAAUAUUUUGAUGAUUGUUUUAGUCUAAUUCCUCAACAUGUCCAAUCUCAUGAAUGACUAUCCACAUAGAUGUGCUGUAUGUGACAAAGGUUUCAAAAAACCUACGAAAUUGAAGAUUCACGAACGCGUUCAUUUAUGUGAGAAACCGUUCAGAUGCAUUGUAUGUGGUAGAGAUUUUAAAGUCCAGUCGACUCUUACCAGGCACAUGCACAUUCAUACGGGCAAAAAGCAUAAAUGCACCGAUUGCGGAAAAGAGUUUUCAACUAAGUCCUGGCUAUCUCAUCACAUGUCCGUUCAUACAGGUGAUUAUCGGUAUGAAUGUGAUGUAUGUGGCAAAGGAUUCACUGCAGCUAAACUUUUGAAAAUUCACGAACGUAUUCACACAGGUGAGCGUCCGUUCAAAUGCACGCAAUGCGAACAAGAUUUUACCAGUCAACGUUGUCUUGAUAGACACAUAAGCAGACAUACAGGCGAUCUCAAAUAUAAGUGUGAUGUGUGUGGCAAAAACUUUUAUAACCAUUCAAUUUUAAGAGAACACGCACGCAUUCAUACAGAUGAGCGUCCCUUCAAAUGCAACUUGUGUGACAAAGGUUUCAAGCAGAAAUUAGUUCUUUCACGACACAUGCGUGUUCAUAUGGGCGAGCGAUUUUUUGAAUGCACUAUAUGCAAGAAAAGCUUCGAUACGAAUUACCGCCUAGCUCAACACUCGCCUAUUCACAGGGGUAAAUACCGGCACCGAUGUGCUGUGUGCAACAAAGGCUACAAUGAAUUUGCCAACAUGAAGAGGCACGAGCUGACACAUGCAAGCGAGAGAUCGCUCAAAUGCACAGUGUGUAACAAAGAAUUUAAAAACGUGGGUGCUCUCACCAAGCACACCCGCUGGCGCAAGUGUGAGGUAUAUAAAAGUUCAAUUAGUGAAAAAGGUUUUACUUCGCCUAAUUGCCUAAAUCAGCACAUGUCCAUACACACCGGGUGACUAACGGCAUAAAUGUGAUGUGCGAGGAAAAGGAUUACACUAGGAGUUAUAGAUUUAUACUCUUUCUGGAUAUACAAAUAGACUCAUAGCGAGAAACCAUUCGACUGUACCGGUUUAGAAAGUUUUUCUUUGGGUUAACGUAAGCUAGGUCUCAAAUAGCAUGUAAUAUUUUCUAUAUUAUUUUAAUAUAAUAAAAUAUAGAAAGUCUAUAUAAAAGUCUGUUUUAUCCUGUGUUCGUCAAUUGAAGUAAAAAGUUUAUCAAUUUGAGUCAUGUUAUACCAAAAGUCAACAGGAUAAGAUUUAGUGCAAGCUUUUUUUUUUGGCCGCAGUAUUUGUUUUUCUUAGGAUUUGAUACUGGUAGCUGACACCUUUUUAACCAAUCCGUAAGCAUUGUUUUGCUUGAAUAUUCGUCGGUGUUGUUAUUUUUUCAAAUUUUAAUAAUUUUAAAAAGUAUUCAUUCAAGUUCAUUUUUUGAAAAUUUCCGGUAAAAAAAUUAAGAAUUGUAUUCGGCAUUUUUUUUCUCAUUUAAUUUAAUUUAUUUGUUCUAUUUUUCAUCUAAUUGAAGUUUGGAAAGGAUGGUAAAAUCAGUUUUCAUGUAUUGAAAGUACCUAACACUGCACCCUAUCAAGAAAAAAUGCGUCACAAAAGCCUUUAUUCACGCAUUGUUCUCCCUUAAAUGAUAUUUGCGCAAAAGUUCUAUUCCUAACAGCACCCACAGUUCACAGGAAGGGAAAAUGACGACACGAUCACAUGUUAAGCUUAAUUUCUUGCUUGAAUUAACGUCCAUAUUAGUUAAUUGUUAGAUUAUCGUUCGUUUUAGUUAUUUUUAGAAAGUGGAGGAAAAGCUUGGAAGAUCCUUUGAGAAUAUUUCAAUGGUUGUGAAGAGGACCGAUUAGCGAAAUUUAUCCAAUAUUCACAACUGGUUUUCGGAGUAUCAAAAACGCGUGUACACUAUUCAGGUUACUAAAACGAAAUAGGACUAUUCAUCCGGAAUUCAACUAUAU